GUGUUCUUCAUUUUGAUGAGUAUCUGAAGGCUCCCAGUGACUGGCCCACGGUGCACGCUCCGAGAGUUAUGGUGGAUGACUCUUCGUGGGGAGCUGUAUGCACUGGCUUGGUGUCAGCGGGAGUGUGUACUUGGAUUGAAGAAUCUGAAGUUUUCCAUGUUGGUGGUGUUCCCCUUCUGAAUGGUAUGUUUGGAGUGACCAAAGAUGAGUGGACGGCCGAGGGUGACGAGAUUUUUCGUCUCAUAAUGAACCUUGUGCCCUUGAAUGCCCUUUGUCUUCCAAUGUCAGGAGAUGUUGAUACCCUGCCAUCAUGGGGAGGAAUGAAUCCAUUCUUCUUACAACCAAGUGAACAUUUGCUCAUUAGUUCUGAAGACGUGAAGUGCUUCUUCUAUACGAUGCGGGUGCCUCUUUGCUGGGUCAAGUACCUUGCCUUCAACAAGCCGGUCCCUGAUGAGGUGUUGCCAGCGCACCUCCGGGGACGGGCGAUUUACAUAGCUUCUAGGGUCUUGCCAAUGGGUUUCUUGAACAGUGUCAGUCUUGCCCAACAUGUUCAUCGAAAUUUGGUUUCUUGGAGCCGGGUGCAUGAACCUACGUUGGUGCAAGAGCACAAUGCCCCUGAACAGGAGCUAAGAAAGGACAGACCAUUUACCACGGGGAACCCGACCUGGAGGGUUUACCUUGACAAUUAUGAUCUGUUGGAAUGGGUGGAGGCCACUCAGAUGGCCCACCUGGAAGGGUCCGUGGCUCCUGGAGUUCUGGCCCUCCGGCAGGAGUAUGAGCGUUGGGAGGUCCCGCGGAAUCAAAAGAAGUCAGUUGAACGAUCCGCGAAGUGUGAAAUGCAAGGAGCCACCAUUGACGGCAAACUGGGAGUGGCCUAUCCCCGGGAGAGUAAGCUGUGUCGCUACUUCUCCUUGGCCCUUAACCUGGCAUCAUUGGAGCUUGCGACCCAAAAGCAAUGGCAGAUUGUUUGUGGAGGCCUUGUCUAUGUGAGUAUGUUCCGGCGGCCCAUGUUGAGUGGACUGAACGCCGUGUGGCGCCAUAUUGAAUCUUACAACUCCGGGGGGUCUCUUCGACUGAGGACCCCUGCUGAGUGCCGCUUGGAGAUUCUGCGCUUUUUGGGCAUGUUUCCUUUAGCUAUCGGGGUCGAUCCCCUGCGGUGCGAUGCAGGGACCCUGACGUGGUGCCACCGACCGCACCUUUAUUGGUGCGACUGGGAAAUGAUUUCCGGGGAGGGCUACUCCUUGACCCGUGAGCAACAGGACCAACCUGUUGACCUCUAUUUGACCGGGAACCAGGAGCUGUCCGAUGUCCUUCGAGCAGGAUGGAUCAAGGUCGAGCCGCUCACGUUGUUCCCCACCUUUACUACAGCAAGGCCCCGGGCUACGCCUGGCCGAAAACCCGCGGGGAUCCAGCAGUGCACCUUGGAGGAGUUGCAGCGUUGGACCCUGGACAAGCAUCGCUUUCCGCCGUACCAGUACCGUACGGUCAAUGCUUUGGUAAAUCGGAGCAAUGAGGUGCGCCUGCCUGAUGUCGCUGAACGGGAGCUCCUGCUUGGUUUUCCAUUGAAUUACACAACAGGUUGCUUCCCAAAGGGAGAGCAGAAAGGUGAAGCCUACAACGAUUGCAGGCUAACGUUACUUGGUAACACAUGGAGUGUUAUCGUAGUAGCGUGCCUCCUGAACCAGCUCCUGGCCCGGCUGGGCCUGACGCCUCUGAGGACGCCCCAGAUGAUCAUUGAUCAGGCCCGCCCUGGUCACUGUUCAGCCGUGCAAGGACGACUUUUCCGAUUGCCUUUGAACGGCCCCCGAGCCGCGAAGGAAGAUCAAUCAUUGGAGCUGGCACGCAGGUCGGAACCAAAUUCCGUCAUGCCAAAGCGUAAACUCCUAGAACAACACAAAGCCAGUGACCGUGCGCGUGAGAGACAGAAACUUGGCACAUUGAGAGAGCUCACAGUUCAACCCGCCACUCGAAAACGAUAUCAGAGGGCCACGCAAGCAUUUUUUGAUUUCCUACACCAGGAACAGCUGGAGAUUUCUCGAAAACGCGAUCAGUUUGAUAUAGUUGUGUGUGAAUUUCUAGAGCACCUUUGGAGUACUGGCGUUGGCCGGGGUCAAGCCAAUGACACCGUAGCGGGGCUCCAAGAUCUUCAGCCAAGCGCUGCCUUUGGCGAAAAUGUCAUCCUGAUGUCAGGUGGACAGGACACCACCGUCCAAGCCAGAGGAGAUGUCGAGGUGUACGGCUUGAGCGGGCUGCAAACACGCGCCCUGCUGGCCGAACAAUACCAGCGCGAACGAGGUCAGACCAGCAGUGCGGUGAAUGAGGCCUUAAGUUCAGAGUCCUGUUGGCUUCUCCGAAAGCUCACACCAUACCAGAUGCAAUGCCUCUUUGACAAAGUCAAUGUCCAGACCCAUGAGGAUGGUGCCGAGAUCCUCAGUGCUGGACCCAAGGAGCAUCAGGAUCUACACAUCGUGCUUCAGGGCCAGGUAUCACUGGUGGAUCCUCGAGGUGGGGAAGAGAUCGCUUUGGUCGAGCGCAUGGGCGUCAUGGGCUAUACCGGAGUCUUGUACAAGGAAGAGACCUUCAAGGCGAUCGCCAGAGGAUCUGUCCAGACGCUAGUCUUGAGCAGCACACUGUUGCAAGAAAUGUUUGGCAAUGCUUUGGAAGAAACCAUCAUCCGAUCGCGGAUCCUCACCAGCAUCAGGCAACAGGAGGAGCUUCAGCACCUGCGCAUGGACCAACUGGAUGGACUGGCCAGUCUCUAUGAGUCGAUCAUCCUGAAGCCUGGAGAAGUGCAUGAGCGGCCAGCUUUCCGACUGGGCUUCAUCUUGCAAGGGCAAGCAGAGGCCACCUUGAUCAACAAGGAGGGGCUGGUCAUCCGCGAACCGGUGAUUCUUAAAGACAGAGGCAAAGUUCUCAUCCCAGAAGAUGCCGAUAUUGAAGAUAAGUCUCCCAUGCUUCGGCUGACUUUGGCAGCUGGGGAGACCAAGAAUGCGCAGGUGGCCGUUUGGUCCGGUCGUACCGUGGCAGUGUUCCUGGAAGUCGUUCGGAAAAAGAAACGACUCAGUGCCAGCCCAGAUAUCUCACCAAUGAGUUGCAGUAGCGAGGCCCGGCAACGCUCACCGUCCAUGAGACUUGCCAUGGUUUCCGACGAUAAGGUGGGUGCCCUGCGGAAGGUCGUGGUGUUCAGGACCUUGGCCCAGGAACAGUUGGAAAACCUGGCAGAUGCCUUGGAGGUGGAGAGCAGGAAGCCCGGGGAGAUCAUCUUCAACCAAGGUGAGCCCGGAAAGGAGUUCUACAUCAUCCACACCGGACUGCUAGAGGUGAGUAUUGGUGGCCGAAAGGUUCGCACCUUGGGAAUGGGCGACUACGUAGGUGAACGUGCCCUGCUGCUGGAUGAGAAUCGAAGUGCCACUGUGAAGGUUGUCGAGGACUGCGAGCUGUGGAAAAUGGGAGCAGAUCACUUCAACAAGGCCGUGACGAUUGACUCGCCCAUUCGCGACUACAUGAAGGCCCGGAUCGAUCUGCAGAACACCAAGGUUGGCCUGGAUUCCCUUCAAUGCAUGCGGGUCAUUGGGCGAGGAGGCUUCGGAGUGGUGAAAAUGGUGAAGUCAACAACCACGAAUACAAGGUAUGCCCUGAAGUGUGUCAGCAAGAAGCAAGCUGUAGAACAAAAGCAGCAGAAAGCCUUGGCCCAUGAGCGAAACAUCCUCGCUGAGCUGGACCAUCCUUUCAUCAUCAAGUUCGUCCGAUCUUUCAAUAGUGCUCGUUAUGUGUACUUUCUCACUGAGCUGGUCACAGGCGGCGAGCUGUUGGAUGCCCUGGAUGCACUAGGCUUGUUGCAAGCGCCUCAGGCCCAAUUCUACUCCGCAUCCAUCAUCCUGGCCAUAGAGUUUUUGCACGAGAGACGAAUAGCCUACUUGGACCUCAAAGGCGAAAACUGCCUCAUCGACCAGCAUGGCUACCUCAAGAUCAUUGACUUUGGUGUGGCUGAGAGGAUUACUUCGGGCAAAAUCUUUGCUGUCAAGGGCACUCCGCUCUUCAUGGCACCAGAGGUCAUUCUUGGCAAGGGUUACAACACCGCCGCUGAUUUGUGGAGUCUUGGCGUGUGCCUUUUCGACUUCAUGGUGGGCUCCUUCCCAUUUGGUGAUGACCAAGCGAGCAACGCCGAGAUCUUUAAAGCGGUGCUGAAAGCACCGCUGAAGUUUCCCAAAUGGCUUGGCGUGCAUGAGAAGGAGGCCAAAGAGCUGAUGAAAGCUUUGCUGCACCGUGAUCCUGCAAAACGUUUGGGCGCUGGCCAGACGGGAUAUGAUGAGCUGAAGGAACAUCCUUUUUAUUCUGACUUCAGAUGGGAACACCUCCUGGCACGACAGCUAGCGCCACCCUUCACACCUAAGGGUGAAACAUACGCAGAAGAUGCUGAAGGUGGCAAGGACGCUGGACUUGGAAGUCUCACAGUCACGGAAGAAGACCGACAAGGUGAUGAUGAUUGGAUCGAUCCUGACCCAUCCUGGGCUGACGAGUUCUGACUUAUAACACACCAAAGCCGUUGCGUGAUUGAAGGGCUGGAGUUCAGUUUUGCCCUUUCGCACUUCAACGGGCGUUUCUCAGACUGGUG